AUGCAAGUCGAGGUUGUUGGGCCUUGCCGUGAUGCAGCCGGGCGUAGCCUCGGCGCGAAGGAGUGGCUUGACGUGAUGCAGCCGGGCGGUGAGCAGAGAAUCCCUUGCGCCGCGAGCAACCUGAGCCACGCUGAGCCACCCGCCCGCUCCGCCGCCGCGGAGCUUUCCACUGCGCAGCUGCGAGCGCGGCGCGCGCUCGCGUCUCGCAGGGAUGAGCAGGAGCGGGCUGCUGCGGGAGCGCCGCUGGCGGCGGAAGAGCUCGCAGCCGAGGCGGAGCGGCGGCAGCAGCUGGCGGCCGAGCUCUUGGAGGAGGAGGCGGCGGCCAAGGCACCGUCGCCGACGGAGGCGGGGAAGAAGAGAAAGAAGAAGAAGUUUCGCAAGCCGAGCAGAGGCACUGCGCAGGAGGCGGAAGCGGGGCAGACUAGCGGGAUGGGGGCAGGCGCCUCCAGCGCCGUGCCGCCAACGCCUUCCGAGGACGGCUCGGCAGGCGGCGACACGCCCGAGGCGGCGGAGGCGGAGUCGCACGAUUCGACCGCAGAGAGCGAGGGGGAGUACGUGGCGGUGAUCCGCGAGCAUCUCGGCCUCGAGCCGGACUCCUCGCUCUCUGCCGCGGUGGCGGCGGCCAACGAGAGGGCGGGGCUCGCCGCCGAAGGCGGGCUGCUGCAGCAGGUCGACCGGCUGAUGGCGCUGCUCUUUGAUGGUAGCACAUGA